AUGUCGAUCAACAAUAUUGACAAGUGGAACCCAACUAGCACGGACGAUAUAGCACUCAAGAAAGCGCUGUUGACCCUCCAAAAAUCAACCGACUCUGUCUUACUUUCUCCGUGGGAUCAGAAAGAAGAAGAAAUACAAGAAAAGAGAUUUCUUCUCCAGAGCACAAGUUACUUUGCUGUCAAGGCCUACGUUCUGACGGGCAAGGAUUUCCCUGCCAACGACCAAGAGUUCAUAUCUCGGUUCCCUGAGAAGGCCUUCAAGCAGCUCUUGCCAAUUGAUGACCGCAUCUACAAAGAGACCAAGGAAGUGCUAGUCCGUGUGGGUUCUUCGUGUAGGGACUUCUAUGAUACGAAGCUACAGAACAUUGUGAAGGUUGGAUCUUUGGCCGUCGUUUGGAGCACGACUACCCUCGCACUGUUGAAAGAUAACCAAGGGCUGAACCUAUAUGCCCAUCUCAUGGUUCUCUCGGAGGUCAGGUAUAAAGACUCAUCUCAGCAUGAUGAGGCAUUCCGUGUAGCUCUGCUUGGAGCACGUAGGUCUCUGACGUUGCUGCAAAAAGAAGCGGAAGACGGCGCAAAGCGAGCCGAUGACCUUUUUAAGGAUUUGCAAAAAUUUCAAGACUACACCGAAAACCUGCGCCCCGACACGGAGAAGCUCAUCCAGAAGUACACUGCUGGUGACAAGCCAUACCUUAACUACCUUAACGAGCAGUACCAGAAGUUGAGCGAACUUCAAAGACCAAGACUCGAACAAUUUAAACGCAUCCACGAUGAGUGGAAAGCGCUCGGCGGAGAGGCUAUCGGGGAUGGCGUCGGCGGGCUCCAGCAGGAGGCUUUCAAAUCGCUCUGGGAAGAAUACGAGACACUCAAGCGGGACAAUGCGGACGAAGCCAUACUCAUAGAAUCUAUAAAUAACUUGGGCAACCAGUUCAAGGGCUUGAAAGAAAAGAUUCACGAAGCCAUCAAAGCGGUUGGAGUUCUCAGUCUCAUGUUCAACCAGCAGAGCGAUUCCUACAAGUUGAUUGUACAAUCACUCAGCGGGAUGAGCCACAUGGCGAACGAGGAAGACGCGGAAACACGACGUUUAUUCAUCAAGUCGCAGAUUGGGCCGACAUGCCUGAGACUAAAUGAGCUGCAAAAGGCAGCCGCAGGAUUUGUCACUGCUAUCCUCACCGAAAACAACUUGGGUUGA